AAAACUUCCAUUUGGGAAGUACAUAUCUUUAAACAGCUAUUUAAAAUAAUUUUUCACAGUUCGUAUCCUAUAUUAGUGAACCCUAUUCACAUGUCUGUGUGUUUCGACCUCGAAAAAAGAGUAAAUGCUCGACAGGAGGCUGCUGAUGGCGGCGAACACAUAAUAAGGCUGCUGUGGCGGCUCUGUUUAGUGAGUCAGAUUAUUUGGCUCAGCUCAACGAUAAAAGUCGACUCUUUCGGCUCAUAACCGGCUCACAACCGUUUUUCUUCUGAACCGGAAAUAAUUUGUGAUAUUUUGACCAGUUAUUGUUUAUCUUUGUUUAACUAAAGCUGGAAUUGUUUCCUAAAAUCUCAUGCUACCUUCUAAUGAACAAAAUAACAUGUACUGAAUUUUAUAACAUCUAUUUUAAAUCAGUGUAAAAAAAAAUCAACAAGACACUGCAUAUGCAAACAUCCCUGCAUUGUUGCUGUGUCUACUGUUUCUGUACUCGAUUGAGAAGAUUAAUUGACAUUUAUUUUGAUAACUGAUCCCCUCCCCCUAGCACACAGACGGAAGGCAGGAUGGGAUGCAACUCUAGCACACAUACCACUGCACAGGACAGGACACAUGGAAACUCAGACUGUAGUGGAGCCAGUACAAAUGGAACAGCUGAAGAAAAGGCAGAGAAUGAUCUGGAUAUUGAGUGUGGUGCAGAAGCAGCUGCUGAGAGCUCUGAGGCUCUAGCCACUGAGUCCGAGACCAAUACACUGCACACUGCUGCAGAACCAACUCCAGCUGAAGACCAAGAUCAUCCUUCAGAAGCUGGAGCUUUAGCAGCAGACCAGUCUGAGCAAACUGGACCAGAUGAAGCACCGGGCCCUAGCGAGGAACUCGGAGGCUCACAGACAGCAUAGCUUUAUUAUGGGAGAACCUGUAAAAUGUCACAUUUACUACAAACAGGCAAACUAACUUAUUUUCAAAUGUAAUCUAGUUGUAGCUGUAUGUAUUGAACUUGUACUUCCAGCAAAAAUGUCAAGAGAAUAGAGAUUUGUUUGUAAAUCUACCUACACCUUUAUAUGUAAGGAAUAAAAUACUUCAAGUUUGUUAUCACCUGUUAUAGCUGCUGUAAACGGUUGUUCCCUCACCAGAUUUUUUUUUUUUUACCCCCUCCUCAGUCUUGAAGUUAAUAAGACAAAAAAAAAAACACAGCUUGUCAUGCCUAGAAACCUCUGUCCUAAAGACUUUCCCUGUUGCGGAAAACCUGUUACAAAGUGCUGCGACUGCUUGCCGAGACUGGAGACUCCUUACAUAAAUGUUUAAUAAACUUCCCCUUACAAAAAGCUUUGUAAACGA